AUGGCGUCCAACUUUCACUCUAUCCCGGUCAUCGACUGCGGCCUAGCCAACUCACCCUCGACGCGGCCGGAGCUCCUCAAACAGCUUCACCACGCCAUCACCUGCGUGGGCUUCUUAUAUCUCUCUAACCACGAAGUCUCCCAGAAGACCAUUUCCGACCUCAGAGGCGCACUGCCCGCCCUAUUUGCUCUCGACGAAGCGACAAAAGAAGAGGUCGCCUUGCACAACUCGCCCCAUUUCCUCGGGUACAGUCAAGUAGGCUCCGAGACCACCGGCGGGGUCGAGGAUAAACGGGAGCAAUUCGAAUUUGCAACUGAGCUUCCCGAUACUUGGCGUGAAGGACUUCCACGAUAUGAACGACUAAACGGACCCAACCAGUGGCCCGCUCACAAUGCAGCUGUCCGAGCUAUAGUCCAGAGAUACAUCGAUGAAUUGACGCGACUCAGUGAGCGUUUUCUAACCCUUGUCGCCGAAGCCCUCUCCCUGCCAGCAGAGACGUUGUUUUCGUGUCUGUCGGAGCAGCAUCGCCUCAAACUAGUCCACUAUCCUGCGUCGGACCCUUCCGAUCCAACCGGCCAAGGCGUCGGUCCGCACAAGGAUUCGUCAGGAUGGUGGACAUUUCUCCUGCAAGCAUCGCCCCCCGAGGUGAAGGGCUUACAAGUGCUGAAUAAAACGGGGGACUGGAUUGACGUCCCCGUUGUUGAAGAUACAUUUGUCGUGAAUAUCGGCCAGGCAUUCGAGGUGGUCACACACGGGGUCUGCAAAGCUACAACGCACCGUGUUCUAUCUGGUCCGCACGAGAGAUUUAGCGUGCCCUUUUUCCAGGGUGUUCGGGGAAGUUUGACCAAGGAUGAAGCCCUUGGUGCAUUGAGACAACAUUUCGCUGCUACGAAAGAUUCCUCUAUCGAAUCCGCGGAGGGAACCAGCAUUGACUCGGCCUUCCUCCGUGGUCGGUAUGAUACUUGGGGAGAGUCACAGCUGCGAACCAAAAUUCGCAGUCAUCGUGAUGUGGGGAGGAAGUUCUAUGCCGAUGUGUUUGACAAGUAUAUCCACGACUCUUAG